AUGAUCAUUUAUAGGGACCUCAUCAGCGGCGACGAGCUUGCGUCUGACACUUCCAAGAUCAUCGACGCCGGUAAUGGACUAUGGGAGAUUGAUGGCAAGAUGGUCACAAAAGGAGCAGAGAACUUCGCACUGGAGGGCGCCAACCCAUCUGCCGAGGGUGAAGAUGCCGAAGACGGCACCGACGAUACCAAGGUGACAGUCCUCGAUUUGGCCGAUCAAUUCCGUCUACAGAAAAUUGAGGGCGGCAUGUCGAAGAAGGCAUAUCAGGGUGAGCUCAAGAAAUACAUGAAGGCUCUGACCGAGAAGUUGAAGGAGAAGGGAACUCCGGAAGAGGAUAUCAAGAAGUUCCAGUCCGAAGCACCAGCUGCAGCCAAGAAGAUCCUAGGCAAUUGGGAAAACUACGACAUCUACCAGGGUGAAUCCAUGGAUGAGAACGGCAUGUAUGUCCUGGUCGACUUCCGGGAGGAUGGCAUGACCCCGUAUGCGACCAUCUGGAAAUGGGGCCUUGAGGAAUACAAGGUGUAG